AUGAGUUUGAAAAGUCGAGAAAAACAACCUGACCUAGGGGCUCGUGUAAAAGGAACAAAGAAAGUUACGAGUAGUGCUAGGAGAGAAAGGACUGCUAAGGAAACUUCAAGUGCUCAAGAUAAAGGUGUAAAACCAAGAGAUCAACAAGACACUGAACAAGUCGUGGAUCCAAGUGCAACACAAGGCACCGAAGAAGUUCAAGAAACUGGAGCUCCACAGGUCACAUUAGAAGUUCAAAAUACAAGUGCUCAAGAAGAAACUCAAGGCACUCAAGAUGCAAGUGCUCCACAAGCAAGUGCUCCACAAGGCACUCAAGGACCAAGUGCUCCACAACCACAAGGUGAAAUUUUUCCAGUAGUACAAGAAAAAGGACAACCAAGUAGCACCCAAGAAGGAGGAAAAUCUAGUGGUACCAAAAAAGACAAAAGAGGUGUACAAGGUAAAAAGAAGGAUAUUUCUAAGAAAGCAACACAUCUUUUCCCUGACUACUUGAAGUUUCAUCAAGAUAUUGUUCGUCUGCUCAAACCCGCCCCAAAAAAGAAAACGUUGGAAUGGCCUUUAUCCGGUGAAUGUGAAAGGUUCAAGAUGAUUAUACACCACUCGGGGUUGUAUCCGGUUGUCGAGAACUCUUUGUUGGAACAUGACCGUGUGGCUAUAUAUGCGUUUCUGGAGAGAUUGUGUCCUGAGACCGACACCUUCCACAUGCCUUUUGGGGAAAUGACCAUUACCCCGGAUGAUAUUGUGCAGAUUCUUAACCUCCCUGUCCAAGGCACAGCUGUCAAGUUAAACUACACAAAGCAGUUAAGUUGGACACAACUUUAUGUUCUAACUAAAAAGUGUUUAGGUUGGGAUGAGGAGACAACAACAGCUGAGUUCAUGUGGCAUGCAUCUUACAAAACAAGACAGAUCAACAUUAACCAAUUGAUGAGCAUGUACCGAGGCACUUUGGAUAAAGAAAGGAACGGAACGUUAACCGAUGAUCAAGUGAACCAAGUGACCACCGCCUAUCUCCUUUGUGUAUUGGGAUGUGUCAUUUUCCCCAAUACUACUGGAAACCAUAUUGACGCCAACCUUACACAACUUCUUGAUACUCUCCAUGAAGUCGGUGAUUAUUCUUGGGGCACGGAAUGCCUUGCACAUUUGAUGGAAGAGUUGAGAAAGGCGUCGAGGCAAGCAACCAUCCAAGUUGGAGGGAACGUGUCUCUAUUGCAGGUUUUUAUCAUCUCUAUUACUUUAUUAAUAAUUAUGCUUAUUCGGUAG